UCACUGUAGAACACGCCCUACUUCUUAGAUACGGGAAGCGAUGGAGCGGCGGGAAUAAUAUAUUAAAAUGUACCCUCCCUAAUCCCAAUUUUAACUCAUCUUUAACCACUUUAAGAGCCAACCCGGGUAAUAAACCUAACCAUAACAAUCUUCUUCUCUUUUUUUUUUACAUUUCGUUUUAAUGUGAUCCGUCACUGAGCAAAAAAAAAAAAAAAAAAAAGACUGGAUGGCUCCUUGGCCACCAAAACUGAAGACGCCAUCCGCCAUCUUGAUAUUCCCAAAACAAGCGUGCGUUCAUCGCCAGUUUGGUGGCUGUGAGGAAACCUUUGCCCAGGUCUGUACGUUGGUGUCCGAUCACAUUUCAUCCGCCACGGGUUGCCAUGUGGACCAAUCUAAUGUCGCCGUUGCCGUCAGCGCUCUGGACUUUGACCCGUCCUUGAACCGCGGCGGCGACCGCCGUGAGGCGCAAGCGGUGUCGGCCUCCUUCGCUCCGUUCACUUCUGAGGACUGGGAAGACCCCCGGACGCUGUGCCAGCUGUGCUUAGCUCAGCUGUGCCGCAGCCUGGACGAGCUCUGCGCCCGGCGAGCCGACGGCUCUCUUCUCCUGAUGUCGGCUUCGCUUUUCCCUCAGCAGCUAGCCGACCAGCUGCUGCACAAGAUGGCCUCCGAAGGAAUACUGAAUGACAAAAGCGUCGGGAUUUUCCGGGAGCACGAGGAGCUGCGUUUGAGUCGAGUCUGCGUCCGCCGCUGCACGCUGUCGGCGGAAGCCUUUCGAUGGGCCGUCUGCCCUCACCGGCUUCACGAACUGGACGCAUCCUGGCUCGCCGGCGACAUCGGCGGCGCCGCCAUCAUCUCCGGGCUGGCGUCCAACCUCAAGUGCAGAUCCAGCCUGCAGAAGCUGUCCCUGAACGGGCUCCGUCUGGACUGGGCCUCUCUGGGACGGGACGGGGUCGGCGCUCUGGCGGGCCUGCGGACGCUCGACCUCGCCGGCACGGACCUGACCGACGCCGUCUUGCAAGAUGUCUGCGCUCUCCCUGGCCUGGAGAACCUCGACAUCUCCCGCACUGCCGUCACAAACCUCACCGCCCUCCUCGGAUGCAGGAAGACGCUCAGGUCUUUGGUCGGCCACGGGCUCUGCCGGCUGGAUACGUCGGCCGCGAGUUUGCUCUCCGUCCUGGGCCAGCUGGACGCCGUGAGACAUUUGGACUUCUCGGCUGACCAUUUAACAGCGGAGGACGGCGGCCGGACCGAUGAAGAUUUCCUUGCAGGUCUUGUGCGGGCCCGUCCAAAGGUUCUUCCCUCCCUGGUUUCUUUGGAUGUGUCAGGCAGGAAGCGAAUCAGCGAGGCGGCGGUCGUUGCCUUGUUGGAGGCCAGGAAGGAUCUGAUCUUCUUGGGUCUGCUAUCCACUGGAGUCAGUUCCUGCGCUGUCCUCUCCCUGCAGAAAAACCUCAAAGUAACCGGAGAGGCGAAUGAGAAGCAGUUGAGCGAGGCCCUGAGGAGGUACACAGACAGAGAAUGUUUCAGCCGAGAGGCCCUCUUCCAUCUCUACCAUCUGACCACCGACUCUCACAAACCUCAACCGCAAAUGCUGGAGCUGGUGCUGAGGUCCAUGCGGAGCCACCCCGCGUGCCUGCACGUCCACCUGCUGGCCACCGCCUGCGUCUUCAAUCUCAUCACGCAGGACCGGGCCAAGGCCAUGUCGCCGCGCCUGCUCGGCGCUACUGUCGCGCAGCUGCUGCGCAGCAUGAAGACCUUCGACCGACAUACGCAGGUGCAAAAGAACUGUCUUCUGGCCCUGAGCAGCAACUACAUCCUUCAGGACGUCCCCUUUGACACAUAUUUAGCCGCCACGCUGGCGAUGAAGUGGCUGAGCGGCCACGAGGAUCCGACGCUCCAGAGGACGGCCGUCGCCGUCUUCUCCGUCCUGGUUGCCAAGUUACCCACGGCGGACGUGGCAAAGCUCGGCGAGGAUGUCGUCCUCAUGAAACAGCUGCUGGCCAUCGUGCAGCAGAGGGCCAUGUUCGGCGUGGUGGACUCCACCCUCAAGUUCGCCCUGAGAGCUUUGUGGAACCUGACGGACGAGGUGCCCCCGGCGGCCCGCAACUUUGUGGAGUGCGGUGGCUUGGAACUGUACGAGGAGGUUCUGGAGUCCUACAACGAAUGUUCCAUUCAGCAGAAAGUUCUCGGGCUCCUGAACAACAUCGCGGAGGUGGAGGAGUUGCAGUCGGCGCUCAUGCAAGGAGACCUGCUGGAGCACAUCGUCAGCCUGCUGCAGGACGACCAGAUCGAGAUGGGGGUCCGCUACUUUGCCGAAGGCGAGUCCGGAUCUGAGCAAAUGUUUUGGAUUCCUCACAGCAAGAGUCCAUUGCGGCGUGGACCCGACUGGAGAAAGAAGUGUUUUGUUACAGGUCCUUCCGUCCGUUUUGCCGCCUCCUUCGGACGUGUCAACCGCCGGGUGUGCAGCUGUGGGCCGCGUGGGCCGUCCAUUUUGUCGUCUCUCAGAACGGUGAGUUCCGUGUCGCCGGAUGACCCGACUUCGGCUUUCCUUGUGCGCCUCGUUUCCUCCUCCUCCUCCUCCUCCUCCGGCGCCCGCGUGAAAUCGAAACGGAAGUAUUUGGGACGUGGGCGGCCGUCGGUCCCCGCAAACCUCUCUCACCGGCCUUUUCUGGCCGCGUCCUCCUCUCAGCUUCGUCGUACAGCCUGACGCUGGAGCGGGAACUUCUGAGGGCUCUGGCCGCUCAUCCCCAGACGCACGGCACGGUUAGAGGUCUCUCGGAGAGCGUCUUGCUUACGCUUGAGCGCCGGCGCCCGGGGCCCUCGCGCGAGCGGGCAGAGCCUCGCAGCUCUUAGCAGAAUUGUUUGCUUUUAUAUUUCAUAAGGGAUUUAUCAAUGUGUGCGCUGAGAUGGCAAUUUGCAAUACAAGCGAAGCAACAAUAGUUGGUGCCAACCCACACGUUGCGGAGAGGGCGACGGAGCGCAGGAUGCGUGCAGUCGAUGGAUAGGAAGGUUUCCACAGCUCGCGUGAGAUGCGCAACCAUUUUAUUCAUUACAUAACCAAAGUGUUACUUUAAAUAUUUGUGAUGGAGUGCAUAAUUCAAGGUCAA